AUUGGGGACCGGACUGGUUUCACAGUUUCUCACUCCAAAACUGAGCAUGCGCAGUCGGCAGUCGGUGUGGAAUUGUUUUAGCUCCUGAUGUCAGAUCAGAACCGAGCCAGAACUUUAAACGUGAAGCUGUGGGAGUUGAAUCGAUCCGAGAAGAGCAGAGGGAGGAAGGGGCGGCUGAUGGUGGACAGAGGAGCGGGGAGGAACGGAGCGGAGAGGCGGCAGUAGCAGGAGAACAGUUGGAGCAACAGGACUCAGACUUUAGACAUUUUGAUGCUGGAUCAACAGAAAUAAACGGGCUGAAUUUACUUCCUGCCCUCCAUGUGCAUUGGGUGACGUCGGUGCUACGUCAUCUGAAACCCAGCAAUAUGGAGUGAAAAUAGUCUCAAAAUGCAUGUGAAGACCUCUCCGGUCGUCAUGGCGACAGCUGGAGACCCAGGAGACGUCCAGGCCCGGCAGUGCGGGACCUGUGACGGCGCCUCGGCCUCCUGCUGGUGUGUGGACUGCAGUGAAGCUCUGUGUGACGCCUGUCUGGCGGCUCACCGCCGGGUCACCCUGACCCGAUGCCACCGAGUUCUGAACCGGCAGCCUGAAGGACCCAGUUUGGUUUUUCCCACCAAGUUCUGCAGAAUCCACCCGUCUGAGGAGCUGAAGCUGUUCUGCUUCAGCUGCUGCCAGCUCACCUGCAGGGACUGCCAGCUGGCGGACCACCAGAACCACAGGUUCGACUUUGUCAGCAAAGCGGUGGCAAGUGUGAAGAAGCAGCUGGACGCCUGCAUGCAGCCAUUCAGAGCGCAGAUGGAGGCGUCCAGGAGGAGCCUGCAGGACAUGGAGACCAGGCUGCAGGUUCUGGCCCGCUCCGAGUCCUUCAUAAUCUCCAAGCUGCAGAAAAACGUCGACUUGCUGAUGGAGCUGCUGAAGAAAAGGUUUGAGGAGAUCAUCAAGCAGAUCCAGGUUGUCUACAACGUGGAGCGCAACCUGAUCAGCAGGAAGAUGGAGAAGGUGAAGCAGCUGCAGCAGAGCCACGUCCCUCUGACUGAAGCAGCAGAAAAGGCCAGAAGCACCACCAACCUGCCCACCCUGGUGGGCUGCAUAUCCCAGAUCACCUCCCAGAUGAAGGAUCUGGUAGACGAGGACUCGCGUCCUCCUUCCAAGAUGAUCGACGUGAAGGUCAUCACCGACAGAAACUCCGUGGAGGGAAUCAUGAAUUUUAGUAAGAUUCGGAUCGGAUCUGGUUGAUUGCUGGGUUCAGUUCUGAUUCAUUUGGCUCGUCUGGAUCUUUGGUUUUAGUCUGAUGAGAAGCAGAAAGAAAAUGGAUGAAUAUUUUAAAACCAGCAGCAGAGAUUCAGUGGAUUCAGUUCUGUUUGAUGUUCUGAUCGGGAGGUUACAGGUCCUUCUCAAAAAAUUAGCAUAUUGUGAUAAAGUUCAUUAUUUUCCAUAAUGUAAUGAUAAAAAUUAA